CAUUGUCUUCAUUCAUUUGUGCAACAUGAUCUGCAGUCGUAUUUUGGUGUACUUUUUUGUGUAAUUUUGAAAGCUAAGGCUCUAUUGAUCACUUUUUGCUGCUAAAUUGUGUUCACUUCUAUCUUAAUAAUCCUUAAAAAUAUGUAUAUUGUUUCAUGUGUUAGUUACGGGUAUUCUUUGCCUCUUACAUAGUGGAUGAUACAGUAACUGAUUCUGAGUUAUUUACUGGUUGUACCUAUCUUUCAAUCAUGGAAGUGAAUCCUUUGAACAUAUUUUUCGUGAAAUCGGACAGCAAAGGGGACAGGUUAUUGUUUAGGUACCCUUAUACGACAGAAAAUAAGGAUGAAAGUAAGCAGAAGAAGUGUGGGCGCCAGAACCCUUACGCCAUUAACUCGAGUCAAACGGAGGAUUUAUUGCAGAAUCCACAAUCGCAGACAUCGAACAUAUGCAAAGGUCAAUUGAGUGGUUUCACAGAUGAAAUGCUGUCGACCCUGUUUGCUGUCAAGGCAGAGCUUUGCAACCAGAAGUUUGAAUUGAAAGUGAAUGAUGUACGGUUUGUCGGACACCCCACACUGCUGCCGUACCGCACCAACAAAGACGACAACACUGCUAUGAUCCUGAUUAAUAUUGUGUUUGCAUUGCAGGCGUCUGCUAGUCACUCUAUAGUAAAAUGUUACUAUGAUCUGAGCAAAAGACUGGGGAAGGCGUUGAGGCAUGAAGAGAAAAGAUGUUCCUAUCUCACUGAGGAGAUGAAAAUUAUGUUGGCCGCCCACGACGAGGUGUCGUCGAUGGACAGCGAGGUGAACUCGGGCGAUAACGAUGAUGAUGAUGACAACCUGCGGCUGUCCGUGAGCUCCACCACCUGCCCGGCCGACGACGCGCCCAAGUCAGCCUUCCACCUCAUACUGCAGCGGAGCACCCUCGCGCGCGCUAUGAAGAAGGUCUUCGAGGAGCUUAGUAGCACUGGCAUAGUCCAAGUCCGUAUAAACAAGUGGGUUCUCCUGUCGUUCUGCCUACCCCACAAGGCACAUCAGAUCCACAACCGCGGUGCCAUCAUAGAGCCAGAGACGAUAGACAAGUGUCUGCAGAAACUCAGGCCUUACCAUGGAAUUUUGCUAAUGGUGAACCCUAACUCGCUGCUGGCGUCCAUCCCGCUGGACGGCAGCGCGGCCCUGCUGCGGCUCAUCAAGCUGUACAGCCCUCUCAAGAGCCUGCAGACCCUGGCCAUCGAGGCUGACCUCACGCUCACACAGGUGUUCCAGCUGACCGGGCACCUGGUGUACUGGGCGAAGGCCACGGUGAUCUACCCGCUGUGCGAGGGCAACGUGUACGUGGUGGCGCCGGGCGCGAGUGUGCACGUGCACUCGCCGCUCGUCGCCGACUUCGCCAAGGAGUUCCCUGGGAUGUGCCUGCUGCAGAUGCUGGGCGAGUUCUCCCUGCCGGCGCCGCUGUGGUACGUGUCCCGCGGCGGCGGCGGCGGGCGCGGGCCGCGCCUGGCGCGCGCCGUGGCCUGGCUGCUGCGGCGCCGGCUGCUGCUGCAGCUGCACACCUACGUGCAGUUCAACUCGCACUGGGGCCGCCUCGACGACGGUAAAGAGUACUUCUGCGAGAAGCAUGACAUCUACAACCAGUCGUGCAGCAUAUCCUUCUCGUCGCUCAACCACGUGCCGGAGCCGGUCAACGACACCAAAAUGUUUCCGGACUCCGACGAGGACUAUCCGGAGAACACCAUAAGCAAAAAGGACUUCAGCCAUACAAAACCUAUAGUCAUAGAAGCAGAGAAAAACUACGACAAAUAUGACGUCGAUUCCGCACACCAUUCCUUCGACGACGGAAUGGAUGUCGUCGAUGGAAUCGUCAAAGUGAACAGUGAUAACGGUUGUGAUUUUAAAAGUGACAACGGACAGAAAAAGUUGCACGGUAACAGUGUAGAUAGUGGUAUUUCAAAUAACAUCAAUGGCACUACUCAUAUCAGUAAUGGAGAGAGUGUCAACGGUAUAACGGGUACAGAACACAGUGAGGUUGAUAAGGAAAGUGAAAAGGUUAAAACAUUACCGUCACGGUUGUCAGACUUGUCCUUGAAAGGUGGUGAUAACGGAUUGAACUCCAGUGGUGAUGAAGAUAAGUUUGAAAGUGAUGAGGUUGCACCUCAUUUGAGGAAUAGCAAUGGCAUGGUCAAUGGGAAUGAGAAGAGGAAUGGUGUCUCAUUGAAUUUAAGACUGCAAAGUGAAAUGAGCUUCCAGCCGCCCACGGUGUGGAGCGUGCCGGCGGCGGCCAGCUGCGAGGCGGCGGCGGCGGCGGCGGGCGCGGGCGCGGGCGCGCUGGACUGCUUCACGGCCGAGGACCGCGCCGCGCUCGCCGCGCUGCCCGCCGCCGCCGACCACGACGACCUGCUGCUGCUGGCGCAGCUGCACAAGAAAGGUUACUUACGGGGUGAGCAGCACUUAGAGGAGAUAAUGUUUAUGGAGAACGUAUCAAGAUCCCAGUUGAUGCAACUGCUGGACAAGUUCAAGGAUGUCCUCAUCACCUUCGAGACGGAGGACCCCGCCGUCGCCAUGCUGUACCCGUACCAAUAAACUGCCAUCGACGUUACAUGUUUACCAAUAAAUGUACACUGUGUACCCUCAUGUCGCCCGCCACGCGAUAUUUGACAUAAGCUCACGACUAUCCCAAUGAAGGACUUUCCAAUCCACGUUUCCCAAAAACGAUACGCUAGAUGGCGUUGUUCACUUUUAACGUCAUAAUUACCUAUUUUCUCAUUGCUGGGGUACAUAACGAUUCAAAAAUAUAAUGCAAUUGUAACUUGGUGUAAUUAAAAGAGUCGUCAUUUAUACCCAAAAAGAUAAAAGAUGCAUAUGUCUGUGUUAUCCAUGAAAUUAGAAGUUUACGAAGAAAAAAGUUAACAACGCCAUCUAUCGUGUUUUUGGGGAACGCCGAUUGCAAAGUUUCUCAUUUAUAGAAUACGUUCCGAACUAUUACGCAAAUAAUGAUUAACGUUAGAUUUUAAUGUUAAAAAAACCUAAGAAAUCUAAUAAUAAAAUUAGAAUGUGAAAUUCUUAUAUUCGUGUUGUAUAAUUUAUAAUAAAUAAUAAUAAAAUUGGUUACUCGAGCUUGUAAAUUGUAUUAAAAGGAAAAUGGUGUUUCUUACUUUCGUGAUGCAUUAAAUUAUUAUUAGACGAUCGAUCAUGGUGCCGAUUUGUGCAGCCACCAACUUAAAUUUCAUUUGGCAGGACUAAAACUAGCUCUUUCUCUUUCUUGCCCAUAUUGUAAGUGAAGGAUGGCAAUAAUUUAAGAACUGUCAAACUAAAAUUAGGUUUGUGUGCGUCCGAAUACACACCGAAAUUAAAUUAAAUUUUAAUUUAGUUUGACAGCACUAACAAUAGUGCCGUCCUACACUUACGACGAGUGCAAGAGAGAUAGAGCUAGUUCUAGAACUACCAAACUAAAUUAAAAAUUAAGUUGAGUAUCCAAUCAAAGUUCUUGUCUAGAUUAAAUAAUUCAAAUAUAAUUUGAAAAGAAAUGCCGUAAAUCAAAAGACUUGGCAAGGGUAGCUUUAGGCGUAAGUUAAUUUAUGUUUUUAUCAUAAUAGGUUUUUAAUAAUAGGCUUUGUGUGUCUAUCAUCUGGUAUGCUUAAUAUAAUAUGUUAUGUGUACCUAUAUGUUACAGGGAAUGUACUAAAACAAAAUUUUAGCUUCCCUUGUGACAAAAAGACGAAACUAAAGAAUAAUAUGUUAAAAUUCCUAAUUUAUUUGUGUAUUUUUUUGGCGAAAAUCUUUUUCUAAUCAGCUUGGUGGUAUGAAAGUCAAGUCUUAUAGGUAUAUAUUUGCCUACUAUAAAGGCAUAUUUAUUUUUUGUAUUUACUUACAAAUAAAAAACAGUCAACGAUGCAA